AGUGACGAAAAGUUUGAAAGUGAAUGCAACCAUGUUGAAUGCUUCCUACUAGAGUUUGCUAUCCAUCUUUGAUCCAUCGUUAUUUAGCUUUGAAUGUUCUGAUGGUUAGCCAGAGGUUGUUGUUAUCCUUGCACAAUGGUGAUUGACGAAACUUUGAACACGCCAAAACAUGCAAACUUCGYCGCGAGAGAAACGUCAAAAAUCUCAGCCACAGUCGAGGGCCGUCCCAAGAACUGAUGGCAACCAGCAUAGUUUUACCUCGUUUAAACCGUUGAGUCCUGAGAAACCUCAAGGAUCUUUUUCCUUUUCGAAGUUAUUUCAAUGGAAGAGCUCUGAGCCGCCAAUUACAAAAGGSGGUCMUCCCAGUACAAGCUCUAGUCCAUURCGGUAUCAAUCYGCUGGUACUAGUUCUGGAGCCAGUCCUAGAUAUGGCUCACCAGCUUUAGAACACAAGAAGAUACCUCGGACUAGAAUUCCCAGAUCAUGGUCAUCACCACGAUUUCCGCGCCGACAAGGAUCAGCAAGUCCUACAGUYCAAAGUAGGCAGCUACCUCAGGGUUAUCUUAAUCUGACUGCUUUAUUGAAAAGRCUUACUGUAGUUGCAGACUCAUCCAAAGGAGAACAGCUUCCACAAUCGUACUUUAAGCAAUAUUGGAUGCCAGAUGAGAAUUGCAAGGAAUGCUACGAAUGUGGAGAGAAGUUUAAUACUUUCCGGCGACGACAUCACUGUAGACUUUGUGGUCAGAUAUUUUGCUACAGAUGUUGUAAUAUURAGAUCCCUGGAGAAAUUAUGGGCUAUGCAGGUGGUUUACGCGUUUGCACCUAUUGCGACAAAAUCUUCCAAACCUACACUCAAUCCCCUGACAUGAUGAGCAAUCUAGAACAGCUUCAGGCUGAUAUACAAGCAGUUGCUAUGGAAACAGAAUAUACAGGCCCACACUCAUCAAUGAAUACAAUGAGUCUGUCAAGAAGCAGUCAAGAUGAUGAUACAGUAGCAUCAAGAAAGACAAGUGCAAAUAGUGUUAAUAGUGUUGUAUUUGAAAAACUUGAGCAAAUGGAAGCAAGGCAGACAGGAACACUGCAAAGUGUCAGAAGCCCAUUUGAUGCAUUUGGGGUAUGCGCAGCAGAGGCYGAUAUACUUAAGCAGGGUUCAUUGCGUGACUUGUGGCAUACAAUCAUGUCACAAAGAUCAGGCCUUGAAUUACAAAGCCAUCGCUUCAGACUAAAAACCUAUCAAAACUGUUUGGUCGCAAGUGACUUGGUAGACUGGCUUAUUAACCAUGAAAAGGCUAUAACCAGAAGUCAAGCUGUAGUUAUUGGCCAAGCUCUUUUAGAGGGUGGCUGGCUUGAACCUGUGCCUAACACAAGAUACGCACAAUCUUUUGUCGAUGAAUAUGCAUUGUAUCAACCAGGGCCAACUGCUUCUAAAGACCAAUUGCAAGCAGGCAAUCCUCGUCACUCAUUGUUUCAUCGAGGAAGUAACCCCAAUGAAGAAUCCUCUGAUGGCGUGAGUGAUAAUAACGAUGAUGAUGAGUCAGCACCUCAGUGGUUUCGGCAGUUGCAGGGUUACGAGAGUGGUGAAGAAUUAGAUACACAGGAAUAUGUUAAGGCCGAUCCUGCAACGCCAGCAAGCAUUUUAAAUGUGCCAAAGAUCUCAAGAAUAGCAAGUGUAAAGCUUCUGGACCUUGAUGUUGCAGUUGGCACAACUGAAGAAAAGGAGGACAGYGAACUGUCACUCAAAGUCAACUUGGAUCACUUUAGAGAGGGAAGUGACAACACAAAAGGUCAAGGCACUGAAAACCAAGGUCCAACCCUUGCCUUAACAACUGAUGUCCCCCCUCCCCCUCUGGAGCAGUAUGUGUACAAUGAAGGCUACCCAAUAUCAUCAUUGAGAUCAAAUAAUAAGAAACCUUCAGAACCAGUUGUUCUUGGUACCAGUGCAGAGGAUGUCUUGAAGGGUGCAUUGAUGGCAAAACGUAUUGGUGUUAAUAGGCCUAAACCUAGUGAUAUAGAAAAGCUAAGAGAUGAUAAUGACGAGAGACUUGCCAUGGAAAGGAUUUGCGAGGCUCGUUACAUUCAUAUGGUUCAUCUUGUUGAACAACUGCUACAAGAUGCUGGUUUGUCACUUGACUGGCAGGAAGUCAUUUUGCCUCUGGUUGAAGAGAUAAGUGACAAGGUAUCUCCAGACGUACGCAAUGAUGAUGAUAUGGAUGUAAGGCACUAUGUCAAGUUUAAGAAGAUACCUGGAGGCCAUAAAAGUGACUGUCAGGUUGUCUGGGGAGUUGGCUUUACUAAGAACAUCUCACACAAAAAGAUGUGUAGUUCAUUUAAUAAUCCCAAGAUUCUGCUGCUUUCGUGCGCAAUUGACUUUCAGCGUAAAGAAAAUCGCUUGGCCUCUUUGGAUUCACUGGUUUUACAGGAGUAUAAUUUCCUCAAGAACUUCGUUGCCCGRGUAGCAGCAUUGCGACCAAACGUGCUACUGGUGGAGAAGACCGUUUCUMGGCUGGCUCAAGAUAUGCUGCUACAACAUGGCAUAACUCUUGCACUCAAUGUUAAACCGGAAGUGAUUGAGCGCGUAGCAAGAUGUACCAARGCRGCAGUYCUACGUUCCAUGGAACAGCUGAGUCGUCCUCAACUUGGUACYUGCCAACACUUUGGCGUACAGAAAUAUCUUUUGAAGAACGGAGAAUCCAAGACGUUGAUGUUUCUUGACGGCUGUCCACCAGAGCUAGGAUGCACCGUUACUCUGCGAGGUGGCAAUGGUCUUGUCCUYGCUAAGGUCAAGAAAAUCGUCCAAUUYUUAACUUAUGUGUCGCACGGUCAAAAGCUAGAAACAGCCUUUCUUAUGGACGAGUUCGCCUUGCCUGAAGAUCCYUCUCAUCUGUUUUGUGAUUCAUCAAAGGGUAACAGCGRGGAGGAAAACAAUACUAGUGAAGAUGAUCAAAACACRGCAAAGAUUUUCCAAAAGUUAUUAGAUCAGACAGUUCUUUCCAGUUCACCGUACGUAAAGUAUCCUCUUCCAUAUCUACUGACAGCUGAAGGCUCCAAAUGCGCCAUAAGAUCUCUACUUCCCAAGGAUAUCUAUUGGUCUGCUAGACUGAAAGGUAAACGAAAAAAUCACCAACUCACCGAAGAAGAUCUCGACGAAUUCGAGCCUCCGUUGUCCAAAAUAAUAAACUUGAAAGGUAUCGAGAUGUUACCACCACAUCCUCUCGUGCUUUCAAAAGUGGUUGUCAACACGAGUAGCCAGUUUAUCCAAGGAGUUAUUGCAGACUUUAGGUCUCAAGGUGGACGAAUUCAAUUGAAAAGAAGCAGAAAUAGUAAUGAAGAACGACGRAAAUCAAAAUGGYUGCUUCUYGAUGUUGACGAUGGCCGGCAKCAGAGAGUUCCAUCAGUUGGRAGUGCUGGCGGAAGAGACAAUCCUACUGUGGAAAGAGAUAAAGUCUUUACAAGUCCAACAAAAGUCGUGCCCACAUCCCCUGUACACUUUAAUAAACAGGUGGACUGCCUAGAUCCAAGCUAUCAUCAACGCAUUGCAGUUUUAUUUAGUAGCUAUUCCAGUGAAUCGAAUAACUCGCCUAGACCUUGUAUAAGUCCAUGGGCUGUUUUCAUGGAAUUUUACGGCAGGAAUGACAUCACACUCGGCGGAUUCUUGGAAAGAUACUGCUUCAGACCAUCCUAUGUGUGUCCAAACCCGAAUUGUGAUGUACCAAUGGUCGACCAUGUACGGUAUUUUGCCCAUGGCAAUGGUUCAGUGUAUAUCAACAUGAAGAAUCUUGAGUCGCCUAUCCCUGGAUUCCAUCAUACUAUUCUAACAUGGAGUUGGUGUAAAGAAUGUAAACAGGUUACUCCCAUUGUACCGUUGUCCUUCGACGCAUGGGCUUUGUCGUUUGCUAAGUACAUCGAGCUUCGUUUUUAUGGUGAUCAGUAUUCCAGACGAGCCAGUGUUGAACCCUGUGGACAUUCACUACACAGACACCAUUUCCAGUACUUUGCCUUCGCAAACAUGGUGGCAUCAUUUAAGUAUAGAGAGAUUAAACUUUUCGAGACGGCUAUUCCUCUUCCUUCAAUCUCUGUCAAGAAAGACGUSCGUGAAGCAAGCUACUGGGUGAGAGACGUCCAUGCGAUAUCAGACAGGGCUGAUUCUGUAUUUGGAUCAAUUCUCGAUCGAUUGGACGUUCUUAAGGGAGAAAGGAUUGAUUCUCACACACCUGACCGUGAUUCCAAGCUGAUACAAUUUGCUUCUCAACUUGAAGUUGACAAGGGAAUGUUUUCCGAGCGYGUCCAGGUAGUUACCAAGAAAGUGAAUGUCCUGCAAGGAUUACAGAACCCUAGUGUUGUGUCAAGCUACGAYCAUCUUGAYAAACAAGACCAAAUUGCUCUUGGUUACGUCAUUUCUGAUAGCUUGAAUGGACUCAAACGAAUUCUAUGCGAGAUUGUAGAAACCUGGAAUAACAGACUUCAAGAAUUCAUUCAAGCAGAGAAAAAGAAAAGUAAUAAAACUCCUUUGGGUCAACGUGAUUCCAAAUCUGGGGAAAAAAUCGACAAUAGCUUACAGAAUCUAUCAACAAAAAGUGUUGAUAAAGAAGACAUUGCGACACCUGUGGCGAGUCCGUCUCAUGGUUUACCCGUCAGCAGCCCGUCGCCACAGAUGCCAGGCGYCGAAGGACCUGAAAACAUCGGAUCGUCAGACAUUGAGCCAUCAGAACUUGAAAMAAACAGUAAGAAAAAYACGACAAAUCACAAUGAAGAUUUMAMUAAAAUKGACAYCCAAGAGAAACAGGWCGAAAGCGAUUCWARUAAKAACGAUGGCGCUACUGAGUCCGUAGAUUCUCAUAAUGAAAGUAAGAGUUUUGUUCGUGGUCACCGUCGCAUCCAUUCAUCGCCUCCUAUAAUCACUAUUACGCACUGUACACCAUGUGGGAAUGAGGGCCUUAUGAGAAGUGUCAGUGACUCCAAUGUAAAUGAAACGCAUGCGCAAAAGGAAAAUACUUCAUUGUCAUCAACAAGCCUUUCCCACUCCUCAUCAAACUCAGAAGGUGGAGGUGGACUGGAUUCUAGUACGUUGACAAAGAGGACUUAUGGACGUCUUCUCUCUGUGCCUAACACUUUAACWGCAGUAAAACAAACUGACAACGUAGAACAAGAGUCGCCUGURAUGUCCACAGAUGGCACGCCUGUCUUACGUAGGAGAGACAAAAUGAAGAAUAUUAUUUCAUCUUUCCUUCCUGGUUCUACAUUUCAGCCUAUUGCGUCGUCGUUUCCAAGUCACGAGCAUCAUCUCCUACCAGCUGGCGAGAAUGUUCUAGUUGUAGUCAACGAAAAAGAACCAAGUUCCAUUAUCGCGUAUGCUUUGAGCACCAAGGAAUAUAACCACAGACUCUGUGAGAUACAAGUCUCGUUGGUUCGGUUGGCAAAAGGCGCAGAGAAUGGACAGAAACAUCCCAAAGGCAGUGAGAWUGAUGAUGAAUCAUCGAGAUUUGAAGGCUCAGUGUGUGUAGAAUCACCAUCGGUUAUUACAGUAGAUGACAGUAAUGGAGAGUUUGUUAACGUUGAAAUAAGAGAAGCCCAUGGAAUAGAUGAAGAUGAGCUCGAUUCCAGUACAGCGCACGUGGAAAUCAUCCAGGACCAACAAGUCGUACAAGUUGGUCGAAGAAAAAGUAGAAANACCAUAGAUAGAUCGGAUAGAGUUAAGUUUUCCAAGGGACCCAGCCAGGAGGAUAUGGGCAUGGAAGAUGGCAGAAAGCAACAAUGCAGCGAACAGCAAGCAAACUAUGAAAACAGAUGUCAGCCAGAGUUUGGCUUUCAACCGAAAGAUGUUGGCAAAGACCGUCCUUUGGAAUUCCAUAUUCAAAUGCAAUUCUCAUAUAACGUCUGUCGAUUCUACUGCAAUGCUUACUAUGCAGAACAGUUUAGAAACCUUCGCAAAGAUACCUUUGAAGACGGCGAAGAAAAGUACAUUCGCUCUUUGGCCCAUUGUGUAGUAUGGCGUGCUCGUGGUGGGAAAUCAGGCUCCACGUUCUCGAAAUCUUUCGAUGACCGUUUUGUCUUAAAACAAAUGUCUCGUCUUGAGCUGCAGUCGUUCGUGGAGUUUGCGCCUCACUAUUUUCAGUACAUGAACAAGGCAAUCACAGAAAAGAGAUCAACGUUGUUGGCCAAGAUCUUUGGAGUGUACCGUAUUGGUUUUAAGAACACACAAACCAACACGACUAUGAGACAGGAUGUUCUGGUUAUGGAAAAUCUCUUUUAUGAUCGUAAGAUUGACAAGACCUUCGAUCUGAAAGGAUCCAUGCGCAGUAGAUACGUACAGGUCUCGAGUGGUGAGAAUGAUGUCCUCAUGGACGAAAACUUGUUAGAACUUAUUCGAGAAAGUCCCAUUUUUAUACGACCUCAUUCAAAGGCAGUCCUCUCCAAAGCUAUCCAUAACGAUACGGAGUUUUUGGCACAACAUAUGGUCAUGGACUAUUCGCUGUUAGUUGGCAUUGAUGAGAUUCGUUCCGAGCUGGUCAUCGGAAUCAUUGAUUUCAUUCGCACCUUCACAUGGGACAAGAAACUGGAGAUGUAUGUCAAGUCGAGCGGGAUUCUUGGCGGACAGGGAAAAAUGCCGACAGUUGUCUCACCUGAAUUGUACAGAACAAGAUUUACUGAAGCCAUGCAUCGMUAUUUCUUGAUGGUUCCUGAUAAGUGGACUGGUUUAGGAAAUGACAUCGAUUAAAAGUUCGARGAAGGCGAACGGGCUUGUAUUCUGUGAUGAGAACUACAUGGCAAGCUCGUAUUCACAGGUUUGGCGCUAACGCAAUAUYUGUCAAAUAUCAAAAUUGUUAAAUAUGAAUAAAAGAUAAUAUUAAAAGAUUUUUUGGAAGAAA